AUGACGGUUUCUUCACAAACCCAGCCUUUGACUCUGGCCGGCAAAGUCGCCAUCGUCACAGGCGGCUCUCGAGGCAUUGGCGCAGGCAUCGCCAUCGAGCUUGCCAAACGCGGAGCGAAUGUCGCCAUCACCUACGUCUCCCCCAGCAGCGAAAAGCUCGCCGACGACGUCAUCUCGACCAUCUCGGAGUUCUCCUCCAACGGCCCCUCCUCCACCCGCCCGCGCGCCAUCAAAAUCCAGGCCGACACCUGCGACCUCAGCUCGCCCGCCAAAAUCGUCGCCGCCACCACCGCCGCCUUCGGCCCCACCAUCGACAUCCUCGUCAACAACGCCGGCGCCGAAAUCGUCGGCACCCUCCGCGACACCACCCCCGAAGUCUUCGCCCACGCCUUCGACACCAACGUGCGCGGCCUCGUCUUCACCACGCAGGCCGUGCUCCCGCACCUGCCCGCCGGCGGCGGCGGCCGCAUCAUCAGCAUCGGCUCGGUGCUCGGCCGCGUCGGCAUAGCUGCUGGUAGUAUCUACUGCGCGACCAAGGCAGCGAUGGAGGGGCUGACGCGCGGGUGGGCGCACGAGUUGGGGCCCGAGGGGCAUACGGUGAAUGUGGUGGCGCCCGGAUAUACGAUGACGGAUAUGAUUGAUCGGAUUGUCGUGGAUGGGAUUCCGCGCGAGGCGGUGGAGGCGCAGAAGGGGUUGACGCCGAUGGAGCAUCGGUUUGCGACGGCGGAGGAUAUUGCGCUGGUCGUGGCGAUGCUGGCGGAGCCGUCGGGUAGGUGGGUUACGGGCCAGACGAUUCAGGCUAGUGGGGGGCUGUUUAUGGGGUGA